CAGAAAGCACGCGAAUUUGCAAAUCGAGUCUUUUUUGGGUUCGUCCUGGGGCUGGCUGGGGCGGUGGUCAUCUUAUAUGGGAAGCUCCUCAUGCUGGCGCUCUUGGUUUUCGUCGCGUACCAAGCGUCACGCGAAUAUUUUGGCUUUAUGUCGUCGAAGCAGAUGUCGAAGGGUAUGCCGCCUCCGCCACCGCUCGUCAACGCAGCUACAACUGCAAUGUGCGUGGGCAUCACAGUCCUUAGCCACUUCUACCGUGGCAAGAGCGGCACCGUGUUGGCCGUCGCGGCCUUCUUACUGCUCGUAAUUCAAGUUGUGGUCAACAAGCGUCCAAAGUUUGCACAGCUGGCGUCGUCCUUGUUUGGGCUAUUCUAUUGCGGGUGGUUGCCAAGCUUCUGGCUUAAGCUUAGAGCCCUCUCGGCGCCGGCCCCCGACACACCACUUGCGGUUCUUUUGAGCUCUAUCACCGGGUGGCCAACCACUGUGGGUAUGGUGGCGGUGCUGACGGCGGUGGCGGUUAUCAUUGCGGCGGACACGGGGGCGUACUUCGUCGGCAAGGCCAUGGGGCGAACCAAGCUGACGGACAUCAGCCCCAAGAAGACGGUGGAGGGGGCGGCCGGCGGCAUGGCUGCCGCGGUGGCUGUAGCGCUAGGCUCCUGGGCGGUGUUCGCAUGGCCGUCAACACCACUGGGAGCGGUGGCGCUUGGGGUUUCCGUGUUCUUCUCGUCGUUAUUCGGGGAUUUGAUCGAAUCGAUCAUGAAACGAGAUGCGGGCAUGAAGGACUCGGGCGACCUGAUUCCUGGCCAUGGCGGUCUGCUUGACCGGUUCGACAGCUACAUUUUCAGCGGGGCGGUCGUCUACUUUUUC